AUGUCUAUAUGUUUUACUCCUCGAGGAAUUAUACACCUACCUGUCAUAAUGAAUGAGCUUUACCAAGCUCUAUCAUGUAUCUUAAAAGCUUUGAAUGAAGUAUAUAAGCAUGGCCUGAUGCACAGAGACCUGAGAUGGGACAAUAUUGCUCAUGAGAUUGGCAAAACCAAGGAUAAUGCAAACUGGUUUUUAUUGGACUUUGAUGAAGGGUCACAUACCAAUAGUGUAGAUGUAUGGGGGAUUGGUUAUCUACUUCAGACAAGUAACUUGGUGAGAGAAGAUGAUAAAAUCUUAGGGACACUAAUGAAACGAUGUCUUGCUGUAAAUCUAUUGGAAAGGCCAACAAUUUCAGAUU